AAUGAUUGCGAACAAGGCUCAGAAAAGAAAAGACUAACAAAUUGAUUCCAUUUUACUUUAAUAUUUCUAUUCUAUUACUUUAAUUUUUCCAAGUUUUAUUCGAUUCUCGGUGUGUCAGUUAAUUAAAUCGUUAAUCAACAUGUCCAACAAUCCUGAUAACAAACUUCUUCGAGAUGCUUGUUCCAAAGGAGAUUUAGCUGAAGUGAAACGAUUACUCGGAAAAGGAGCCGAUGUUAAAUCUCGAGACACCUCAGGAAAUACACCUCUUCAUAUGGUCGAUGAAGGACAGUUCGAGGAAAUAAUCGACCUUCUGAUCAGCAAAGGAGCCGAUAUCAACAAAGGCGAUCGCAAUAUGUGGACUGCUCUUCAUUGGGCUUCCGUUAAGGGCAAAAACGACGUGGCCAAGUGUCUAAUCAAACAUGGUUCUAAUAUCAAUGCAAAAACUGUCGAUGGAUUUACACCCUUAAUGGCAGCAAUUAACGGAUUCUACAAUAAAGUUGGUGAUUAUGCCAAUGAAGGAGCCGAGCACAUAUUCAAAGAUGUCUGCUUUGCCAUAGCCUCCAAUAUGACCAAGGCCGAUAUGAUUAACAUUAAAAACAACGAGGGUUUUAAUGUGCUAGAUUUUGACAACGCUCUCAACAACAGUUUCGUCCUUUCCAUGCUUGAAAUUAUUCUCAAAUAAAUAAGCAAACAAUUAACCCGCUGAUCAACAUCAUCACAUUUUAAUCGUUUUCAAUGAGACAUGAACGAUAAUCAAUGAUCUUAUCCAUUUUCAUAACAAUUUAAAUCAUGGUUUUAUUGUGUGAGAACCUUUGAUUAGAAUCAAAUCAAUCAGAAUCGUCCAAUCAAAUGACAUUAAAAGCGUAAACAUUUUGA